AUUAAAUCUGGUACAAGGAAAGGAUUGAAAUCAUGCUAGCAGGAAAUGGUAAGAGUGGCUUAUGUCUACUUCAGCAACAGAACAAGAUGCAAUCAGCCAGUACUACUGCAUGAUCAUGUGUUGAUUGUACGUUUGAUUCAUCUCAACGCAUUAUUAGAAGCUAAAGGAGAUACCAUGGAAGCCAUUGCCAAAUUUGACUUUAAUGCAUCAGGAGAAGAUGAGCUAAGUUUCCAGGCACGGGAUGUUCUGAAGAUCUUAAGCUCUCAAGAAAAUUGGUACAAAGCUGAGUUGAAGAACUAUGAGGGAUAUGUCCCAAAGAAUUAUAUUGAUUUUCAGGUUCCCAGCUGGUUCCAAGAGAAAGUAUCCCGCCACAUGGCUGAGACGAUGCUCAGGGAUAAAGGAGUUGGUGCUUUCAUAGUCCGAGCUAGUCAGAACUCCCCAGGAGACUUCUCUAUCUCUGUCAGGCAUGAAGAGGAUGUCCAGCAUUUCAAAGUGAUGAAGGACACAAAGGGCAAUUAUUUUCUAUGGAGUGAGAAGUUUCAGUCACUAAACAAACUUGUGGAGUAUUAUAAGAGUGUCUCCAUCUCCAAACACAAACAGAUUUUCUUGAGAGAAGAAACCAAGAAAGGAUCACAAGUAAACCUCAGAGAGGAAGCAUGCGUUAAGAACCAAUCUAAAAAGGAGCAGGAAGUGUUCCAUCCAUCUAUGAAAGACGCAAGGCCAUCAGAGCACAAUAAGUAUGAGGAUCCUUUUGCAUCUUGGCAUCAUAAGCAGAAAAGACUUGGCAGGAGUUUGGAUAUUCAAGAUCGGCCUAAGGGCCCAAAGGAUUGUGGAGAACCAAGUGCAUCAUCUAUGUUCCGGAGACACACUGAUCCAGCGCAACAGUCACAGAGGCCACAAUGGGUCCGUGCCUUGUAUGAUUUUGAAGCAGUGGAGGGCGAUGAGCUGGGGUUCUGCACUGGAGAUGUCAUAGAAGUCCUGGACAACUCUGAUGAACAUUGGUGGAAAGGCUGUUUACAUGGAAAGCUUGGUCUCUUUCCUGCCAACUAUGUACAGCCAAUUAACUAAUGAAUUCUCAUUGUUUCUGACAGUGGUUUAAUGAGAAUAUUCCAUCAUAUCAAUAGCAGAAAACUCUUAAUAUGCCUGGUUAAUGUUCAUAGCUUUCACAAUCCUAACAUUACUUAAUUACUGUUCAAAUACACCAUCUUCUUUUGCAGCUCACAUGUGCAGGAAACAGUGAGCUAUGGACAGCUUUGACUGGUUUGAAGCACGAUAGCAUAAAAGUCCUCCGUGGAGCACUGUUUCAACUCUUAAACUCAUCCAGUGCUUUUAAAAUUUAAAAAGUAAAGUAUAUUUAAUUGUAUAAAUGUACAUGCAGAACUUUAAUUUUUAAAAAAGGCAAAUAGAGAAAGGCCAAGCAAAUUAUUUAAAUAGUAUUCAAUUUGUUGAUCAGUACACAUAUUAUUUGCAUUCCAUUCGCUGGAGAAAUUGGAUUCACCCCACUUGAGAAAAAUACCAUGUAACUGCUUCUUUCUUGGUCUGAUUUGCCUUUCCAUACUCUAAUCCCCUACUUAUUGUAAGAUUAUAAAUUUCUAGUAAGAAAGCUUGUAAAACUACUUUGAUUGUCCUUCCAAAUAUUGUAAAGUGUACAUGUUUACUAACAAACACCUGAGAAUAUUAACAUUUUGUACUUGAACUGGAGCAACUGUUUCAUUUUAGAGUAGAUUUCUACUUCCUGAUACUUGGUAAGAACAGAAUGAAAAAGCAACCUGUUAAAGGAUUUUAACUGUGGCCAUUGAGUUUAUGCUAACAAUGCCUCUUAGCAUCACAUAGCUCCAUAUGAGUCACAGGGCAAAUCCACAAAGUAAACAUAUACCAGUUUUAUAUCUGAUAGUAAUAACAUCCUUCAAAAAAAUACUGGGAAUUCAAUUAUGAUAAAUAUUCUACUGUUUUUAAAUUUCCCUAAAGAGAGGAAAUAACUAUUAAUCCAAGUUAAGUUUCUUCCUGUCUCCUUCCAAGUGAAACCAAGCACAUAUGAUGAGAAAAAUAUUUAUCAGUAAUUAUAUUUACAUCAACUGUUUGUGUUAAUUUUUUUAUCAUCAUACAUUUAUUUAUUUGUUGUAGAUACCUGUACAUGUUCUUCUAGGCUGCUAAAAUAUGCUACACUGGAAGGUACCUAAUGAAUGGAGUGGUCUUACAGAAAAACUGUAUACAAUAACAAGUUUUUAGCAAUCUAGAUUUCCAAAAUAUACUGGUCUUGCUCUCAUUAGCCCUGUUUGAGCGUGAUGAUUUUAAAAUGGGUAGCAUGGCAAGGCUGCAUAUUCUAGUUGUAUCACCUAUAUAUACUUUUAGUGCACUCAGAUACAGUAGCCCACAAAAUCCAUCCUGCUCAAGAGUCUCUUCCUGUCCUCCUCUCUCCAUAUACACACAGAAAACUUUUGAACAGGCCUGGAUUCUAUACUUCUAGUACAAAUACCCAUAUGUUGUUUUUAAAAAAUGCCUAGUAUGUGAGGAAAUAUAUUUACCACUGCUAUAGCAAUAUCUGGGUAGAACAUUCUUCUGGUGUUAUCUGAAACCUUCCACUUGCAUUUACCAUACCCAGUGAAAACGUCUCCCAGCAUUUGCACACAUUCAUAUUCCUCAAAAAGAACUUGGAGUAAACCUUGUAAUUCAGUUUUGCACAAGCAUUCCAUAGGCUUACUUUACUGCAAUUCUGAAGACUGUUUUAACUGACUUUAAAAAUGAUUCUGUAGAAAUGAAAAACUAGUACCUCUUGUGAAUGAUAGUUGAACUUUCUGAAUGACUUAUAUGUCAGCCAAACCAUCCUGAUUAUGGAGAAAUUUCAUUUUUCAAAAUAAAAGUAGAAUAUGAUCAUAGUAAACAGUAUUUAUCACUGCUUGUGACCCUGACAAGCACUGCCUAUUUCUUUCACUUUCAGACGUGUCUCUAAUGUAAGAGCUUUGUGAAGUGGCCUUAUUUGCAUGAAAUAUGAAAUAUGCCAUUUACAUUAAUAGAAGUGGCAAAGACGCUGUAAGUGUAGAUAUCAGCUACUACAGGAAGCAGACAAAUAAAGCAAGAACUCACAGUGAACUUAAAUGCAAAAUAUACAGUCAAAACAUUGCAUGUAUUAAGAAGAAAUAAUGCCACAAAACAGAGAAAAAAAGGCAAGAUACUGCAAAAGGCAAAAUAAGGCAAAAUAAGAAAAACUUUUCACUCAUUAAACCUUCAUGAGUAGCCAAUUAAAGAAAUGUAGAAUACCUUGCUACUAUAUUUAUACUAUAUGAUAAGGAACAUUAGCUCCAACUCAGCUUCCCUGUUGUUUUUUGAUGAGUGAAUAAACAUUUCUAAGUGCAUUCUACCUACAGUAUGUCCCCUCUUCCCCAAACUACCACAGAACAUUGUCUGUUCUGCAAGUGAGUGAGUGCAGAUCCUCAUACAAAGUUGUAAUGUAUCCUACUGUAGUUUACAAAUACCUAUGGACUGAAUGCUAAUCCUAACCUUAGAGCAGCCUUCACCAAAUUGGUGCUGUCCUGAUAUGUUGUGACUAAGACCUCAAGAAUUCCCAGCCAAGAAAUCUUUCUGUAACUUUGGUUAGGAAUUCUGUGGCCUGUAAACCCAACACAUCUGGAGAGUACAAAAUUGGGGAACAGUGCUUUAUGGCUUUGCUGGGCAGAAGGCAGGCACUGUCUCAGAAUCUCAUCCUUUCCUACCCUUUUACAGAACUUCAGCCCCUAACACAACAGAUAUCCUGCAUACAGUGCUGCUAAAGGAGGUGUUGCCCUCCAGUUUAAGGAUCAUUCAGGUCUGGAUAUCUACCGAUACACACAGGUCAGGUUCAUUCAUUAUGUUAAGCCAUAACUUGUUUAACCAUGGCUUACUAAGCCACAAUUCACUAUAUCCACUGCACUAAGACACCAAAUAUGGUUUAUGAACUGUAAUGGCUAAAUUAAUAGAUUGCACUAAGCUAAAACCAAACAAAUCACAUUAUAGGUAAGUGUAAUAUAUAGACCAAGUUUUAUUGUGCACAUGCAAAUAGCACAUGCAAUAAUCAGGAUAAGUAAAAGUAGAAGAAACUCCAUAUGGUCCUCUGUGCUACCCUCUCACAAACUGCGGAUUGAUGCUAUCUCCAGUUUUCUACUUCUGCCAUUAUUUCAGUUCUGGACUAUGAGUGCAUAUAUUGUAUGUAAUCAAUAUAUGCCUCUGUGGUCAUUUCCUGACAAGCUGUUUCUUCUGAUACAGUUUAUAUUAGGCCUUAUCAGGGCACACUGUUAGGAAAUCCCUAAAAAAAAAAAAUCUUCAGCUUUUUCUUGAUUGCGAUUUAUUGGACUGUUCUUGAGUCGCACCUGUUAUCUCUGAGUUUUGUACUGUCUAAACUGCAUUACUGUUGAUGUUAAUGGAUUGUAUUUAUUUUUGCUAUUUUAUUAUAUAGAAUUUUUAA